UGACAGGCGAAGAAGAGUUCCACUUCCGGAAAUCAAAUUAUUCACACGAUAGCUAAUUAAACUGUAUUGAUGUUAUCUACCUAACGUUAAAUGUAUAAAAACUAUACAUUAUGGCUUUGCCGCUUAGCUAAGAAGAGGGUAUGAAUUAACAGUUUGUGAUCGACUUCGCACCGGUCAAGCGUGAAUUGGUCGAAUGGUCAGGCUCAGCAUGUGCUCGUCUGGAAAGUACAGUUUACGGGGCCCGGCUCUGAUUCCACGGAUGAAAACCAAGCACCGCAUCUACUACAUCACCCUGUUCUCUGUGGUGCUGCUGGGACUCAUCGCCACAGGGAUGUUCCAGUUCUGGCCACACUCCAUCGAAUCAACGGCAGACUGGAGCCUGGACCGACGCAGCAUGCACGAUGCACCUCUCAUCCAACUGCCUGUCUCCAACCCUAUUCCUGAGAGAGGGGACCUUAGCUGCAGAAUGCACACUUGUUUUGAUGUGUAUCGAUGUGGCUACAACCCUAAGAAUAGAAUCAAGGUGUACAUCUAUCCUCUGCAGCGUUUUGUGGAUGAGGGAGGAGUGCCAAUCAGCAGCACAGGCCUGUCCCGAGAGUACAAUGACCUGCUCAGUACCAUCUCUGACAGUGAGUUCUACACUGAUGACGUCACCAGGGCAUGCCUAUUCGUGCCCUCUAUUGAUGUGCUCAAUCAGAACUCUCUACGCAUCCGGGAGACUGCCCAGGCUCUGGCCAUGCUCCCCAGGUGGGACAAAGGGAUGAACCACCUUCUGUUCAACAUGUUACCUGGAGGACCUCCAGACUACAACACAGCCCUUGAUGUGCCAAGAGACAGGGCUCUGCUUGCAGGGGGAGGCUUCUCCACGUGGACCUACAGGCAGGGUUAUGACGUCAGCAUCCCUGUGUACAGCCCUCUGUCUGCAGACGUGGAGCUGCCCGAGAGACAGCCUGGGCCCCGGCGCUACUUCAUUCUGUCGUCUCAGACAGCCAUCCACCGUGAGUACCGGGCAGAGCUGGAGAGGCUGAAGGAGGAGAAUGGGGAGGCUCUGCUCCUCCUGGACAAGUGCAGCAACCUCUCUCAGGGAGUCGCCUCAGCGAGGAAACGCUGCUACAAGGGCCAGGUGUUCGACUACCCCCAGAUCCUCCAGGAGUCGUCGUUCUGUGUGGUGCUGCGCGGGGCUCGGCUGGGACAGGCCACCCUCAGUGAUGUGCUGCAGGCUGGCUGUGUCCCCAUCAUCCUAGCAGACUCAUACAUCCUGCCCUUCUCUGAGGUCCUCGACUGGAAGAGGGCAUCCGUGGUCAUUCCAGAGGAGAAGCUCCCAGAGAUGUACACCAUCUUGAAGAGUAUCCCUCACAGGCAGGUGGAGGAGAUGCAAAGACAGGCCUGCUGGUUCUGGGACGCUUACUUCAGCUCCAUGAAGGCCAUCGGCAUGACAACGCUUCAGAUCAUCAAUGACCGCAUCUACCCCUAUGCUGCCCGCACCUACGAACAGUGGAACAACCCCCCUGUGGUGAAGUGGUCAAGUGUGAACAGCCCUCUGUUCCUGCCUCUCAUCCCACCGAGGUCCCCAGGGUUCACUGCUGUGGUGCUGACCUACGACCGUAUCGAGAGCCUCUUCCGGGUCAUCACUGAGAUCUCCAAGGUUCCCAGCCUAGCCAAGCUACUAGUGGUGUGGAACAACCAGAACAAGAGUCCCCCUGAAGAUUCUUUAUGGCCGAAGAUUGCAGCGCCUCUCAAGGUGGUGCGCACCAAAGAGAACAAGCUCAGCAACCGCUUCUUCCCCUACGACGAGAUCGAGACUGAGGCCGUGCUGGCCAUCGACGAUGACAUCAUCAUGCUGACGUCUGAUGAACUACAGUUUGGCUACGAGGUGAGAGAGAGGAUACCCUACCGGUUGGUGGGGUACCCGGGUCGGCUCCACCUGUGGGACCACGAGAUGGGGAAGUGGAAGUACGAGUCCGAGUGGACCAACGAGGUGUCCAUGGUUCUGACUGGAGCAGCCUUCUACCACAAGUACUUUAACUACCUGUACACUUACAAGAUGCCAGGAGACAUCAAGAACUGGGUGGAUGCUCAUAUGAACUGUGAGGAUAUCGCCAUCAACUUCCUGGUGGCCAACAUCACUGGUAAAGCCCCCAUAAAGGUGACCCCAAGGAAGAAGUUCAAGUGUCCUGAGUGCACAGCCAUUGACGGUCUGUCCCUGGACCAGACACACAUGGUAGAGAGAUCGGAGUGCAUCAACAAGUUUGCGUCGGUGUUCGGCACCAUGCCCCUGAAGGUAGUGGAACACCGUGCAGACCCAGUCCUCUACAAGGACGACUUCCCAGAGAAGCUCAAGAGUUUCCCCAACAUCGGCAGUCUUUGACCGGACAGGGCUGUGGCCCAGCAACCCCCAGACACCCAUACAUACCCCGCAUCUUCUAGUUCAGGGGAGAGAUAGAAGAGUUUAUCUCUGUCCAAAUAGAACUAUCUGGAAGGUUGUUGUUGUUCUCUGUAGGGUGGUGUGGGGUUGGGAGCCUGUAUGGUUUCCUUCCCUAAAUACUGGUUUGAAUUGGAAGUGGUGAGAGAUGAGGUGUGUGUGCUCAUUGGUUGGCUGGACAGAAUCCACUGUGCGACUGAGAGAUGACAAGUCUGUGUAUGUCCACUGCUGCUGUAUUCAAACCAGAGGCCCCGUGGGCUCUUUGGCUGAUCUGUGGUCAGUGUAUAUAAAUCACACCGGUGCUACAUUUUAAUGUAGCAUGGUGAGUCAGGACUGCUGUCUGCCAAGCACAUGUCAUUUAUCUCGAACUGAUGAAUUUUUUGUAAAUUAUAAAUAAUGAGACACGGUAGUGUUAGAGGGCGCUUCUCGUCUAAGGUCAUUUCAUGGCAUGAGCUAUUUUUAUUUGUUUAGUGUGAGCACUGCAGAGGUGUAUGGUCAGCUUUCUCUGCAUAGAGGAUAUAUCGCAAAAAAAAUAUGUACACUAUAUAUUUACUGCCAAUUGUUCUACUGCUAACACUUUUCAAAAGAAUGACCAGUAUCUGGACACUUGAAUGACCUUUUAUAAAGUGUUGUGCUGCAUAAUGAACUAUUGCAGUAACAUCUAGUCUGGUAUAGUAGGGAAGACACUGUAAUUGAUGCGGUGACAUUGGACUGUCUGCUCCAUGGAGAUGUAGGCACCAGGUUGUACAACUCCCCAAUUUUGAUGUCUCUUUUUGUUUUAGCUUUCUGUUAGUUUGUGUAGGCUUGCUCAUCUCUCUAAAGGAAUGUCCUAAGCCUUUCAAGUUUGUCAGCACACCCUUUUUAAGAUGUCAAUAUUGCCUUUGUUUUUGUUUUUUUACUUGUGUAAGGAUUAUUGUUUGUGAUAAAUGUGUCCCAAAAUAUAUAUAUAAAUAUGACUUAGUGAAGAAAUACACGCUAAAUAAAGACGUUUUUCAUUGGCCUGGGAUUAAAGAAAGGAACAACGGCGCUGCCGGACUCCAACCAAGGUGAAUGAAUUGAGGAGCGAACUGAAGUGAAGAGGAAAUUCAGCUACUGGAGAACAGAGGAAGUUGGUCAAAGUGCUUGAAAAAAAUGUAAUCGGAAGUGUUCUAGAUGUGGAUGACGAUGUUGUAUGCAUGUUUAUUGGAGUGGUUUUCUCAUGCACAGUCACCAGUAGCAAGCCUCUGUGUCAGUCACGCUCUCUGUCAUUUUGAUUUGGUGAAAGCCCAUGUCUGACCAGGGCUGUUGUGACAGCCAGGCCGUGUGCAGCACCACUGUUCAGCCUCGCCUGUCACCUGUUAAUAUACGCUCCCUAAUCCACCCUGUACAAUGUCAGCAGUUCAAAGGAACGCUGUUAGUAUUUUUGUCGACUGCGUGACAUUCUUGGAGGUUGUGCGAUCUCAUUUCAUCCCUCGUGUCUGAAAUACUGAGGGAUUUUAGGCUGUCACUGCAACUGAUGCAAUCAUGGUACAUAUGAGGUAGAUGAUAUGUAAAUGCAAGAAGAUGGACGUGUCUUUUUUUACACUAGAUUUUUAUUGAAGGCCCUCCCACCCCUCCAUCCUAAUUAUAUAGACAUCAGUAAAAACAGAACAACACCAGAAUCCCAAAAAUCUCCACACAUGUUAUUACGUGUGUUGCCCAUUGCUGCAGGACAUUGUGAAAACUGCUACUCUUAAUGAAUCCUCUGAGAGUCUUGCCAUCCUAAAAACAUCCCAGUCUUUAAAUGUAGGACGUUUCCGUGAGAGUAGCAAUCCUUCUGCAGUAGCAUCAUUCCCACCACACAACAGCAUAGAAAGAUUGUCAAAUAUUGAGCGCUGACCUCUUUGACUAAAUGUGUUUUAUUGUUUGUUUAAAGGUCUAAUGCAGCCUUUCUAAUCGCAAUAUAGAAUUAUUUCAGGGUAACAGUAAAGUACCUUACUGUGAUUUCAAUUAAAAUGGUCAAAAAGAAGCAAAAAUAACUUCUUAGCAAAGAGCAAUUUCUCAAGCAAGAAUUUUGCUCGACUGUCUGGGAGUGGUCUGAGUGGGGAGGGGAGAACUGAACACCAGCUGUUAUUGGCAGAGCAGGUUGUAACUCUGGUGUUGACACCAGGCAGACCAAAACUCCAUCCCACCACAACAGGCUGGCAUUUCAUGCAAUCUUUUCAAACAGCUCUUACACUAAAAGUCCAUUAUGAUUUUCACCAUUUCACAGUAUUAUUACAACCUCAUAGUGUGGAAUAUAUAAAAGCAGGAAAAUCACGUUUUGGACUGCAUUGGACCUUUAAAUAAUUGGCGGGAACUAUAUGAAAUUACUCGUGACAAUUGAAGCUGCACUUCAGUUAUCCAUUAAACAAAAUUGUAGUUGA